CCCUUUCUCAAACAGUUUCGUUCGCCAAAUGAAGCUCACAGUGGUGGUGUUUGCGCUGCUCGCCAUCGGCAGCAUUCAUGCGCUGACCACCAGGGACCGACCAGGUCAGUCAGCCGGAUCUGUAGAUCUGUUGAUUCACCUGCAGGAGCACACAGACAGUCAGUCAGACAGAUGUGCUCGCUUCUGCAUCUUUCACUCUCUGUGUCUGAUUCAAUGACUGGCUGCAGCUUUCGUAACAUCGCCGUUGGCCCCUUCACUGCUCCGCAAUGGUCGCACACACCUGCUGUCGAGCCGUCCGGCAAGGGCAACGACGGCUGCAUGGUCGAUGCUCGACACCGAGGCUCUCGCGAAGGCAGCCGAUGAGUCGAGGGGCUUGUCCAUGGAUGCCAUCACAGCAGCGAAAUCGGGUAGGAUGCGGUGUGGUGUGCAUGGUCUGUCAGUCAAACGUUUUUGAGUAGAUAAAUGUAUGUGUGUGUAUUCAUAUGCGACGUGUGUGUGUGUAUGUAGGCCAUCUUGGUCUGCCCCUUGGAGCAGCCGAGAUCGGUAAGGAAGCAGAGAGAGAAGAUGGGAUGAUAGGAUACACAGACCUGGAGGGAUGGAUAGUUGAAGAUCCAUUCCAUUGAGACUCUGCGCGUGUGUGUGUGUAUCUGAUUAGGUGCCGUGUUGUGGGGCUCUCAGAUGCAGUACAACCCAGAGGACCCGCAGUGGAUCAACAGAGACCGGUGCGGUGUUGCGCAGCAUACGCACCCACCUGUAUGUAUCUCUGUGUGGGGGUGGCGGUGUGGUGUGGGGUGGUGUGCAGCUUUGUGCUUUCGGCUGGCCACGGGUCGAUGUUUCUUUAUGCAUGGUAAGCUAAGCGGGAGAGAGAGGGAACGGCUGGAGGGAACCGAUGGAAAGACAGAGAUGGAUGGAUAAGACAGACGAGUACAGACACACACGCGUGUGUUGCGUUAUGUUGUGUCGUGUGUAGGCUGCACAUCAGUGGAUAUGACCUGCCGAUUGAAGAGAUCAAGAACUUCAGGCAAUUCCACAGUGAGCUGAGCGAGCUGACACACACACGCAGCUCGAAUCGAACACACAAGGGCAUUCGCAUGUGGAAGUAGGGACUGAUGUGCUAUGUGUGAUGUAUGUAUGUGAGCAGGCAUGACGCCCGGCCACCCCGAGUUCCCCUCCUCCGAGCACAACACACCUGGUAGGUAUCGUAUCGUCCACAGCACCACGCCACCUCUCACUCCGGGAGUCAUGAAUGUGUGAAUCCACGUACGUAUUGAUGCAGGCGUUGAGAGCACCACGGGCCCGCUCGGCCAGGGCGUCGCCAACAGCGUCGGAAUGGCCGCUGCCGCAAAGUAUCACACCACACGCCCAUGGGUCGACAGGUUCCUUUAUUCUCUCUCUGUGUGCGUGUGCCUACGCGUAGGAUGGCCGCAGCGCGUUUCAACACUGAUGCGCACAAGAUCUUCGACCACCACAUCAUCUGUCUGUGCGGCGACGGCUGCAUGCAGGAGGGCGUGGCGCACGAGGCCGCCGCCAUGGCAGGACACGAGGGGUUCGACAACCUCAUCGUCCUGUACGACGCAAACGGUACAUCACACCAUCGUUCGCACGCACGCCAUUCCUGACUCGUCCGUGCCGUGUGUGUGUGUGUGUGUGUGUAGAUGUGACGCUUGACAAGAUGGCCGACUACACCCAGAGUGAAGACGUAUGUAUGGACACACAACACAACACAACACACGUCAAGUAUGACUGUGCCCGCAUUUCAUUUGUGGGACGUUUAAUUUUCGUAUAUGCAGGUGGGCAAGAGGUUUGAGAGUCUCGGAUGGGACGUCGUCACGCUCACAGACGGUACGCACACGCAGGCCUGCACGUGUGCAGUGAGUGAAUGGACCCAUUGGUUUAUUGCUGUCUGUCUGUCUGUCUGAAUACCUCGACAACAAAACGAACGCAGGUCACGAUAUGGUGGCGAUCGACAAGGCCAUCGGCGAUGCCAAAGCCAACGACAAUGGCAAACCCAAACUCAUCAUCGUACGCACACACACAGACGCACACACACAUGCGGGCACACACACGUCUGUGUGUGUCUGUUUGCCUGCUGCAGUGCAAGACGGUCAUCGGCAAGGGCAUUCCUGAGGUUGCCGGCACACAGGCUGGUGAGUCCUGUAGACUAGACACACACCCACGGGUUCACACGACACUCCCACACCGAUGUAUGGUAUGGGCAUGUGUUUGUUCAGCUCACGGGGAGGCGGGCGUCCAGUACACGACCGAGGCGCGAAAGGCACUCGGACUGCCCGACGAACUCUUCUACGUCUCGGAAGACACCAAGGUAACUGACCUAGCCUGACCCACAGAUGCGACACACAUGCAUGAUCUCGUGUGUGUGUGUGUGUGUGUGUGCAGGCGAUGUUCGCCAAGCGCAAGGAGGAGCUCAAGGCCAAGUACAGCGAGUGGCAGACAACCUACGGGUACCCACACAUGAAAGAAACACGUUUGUCCAUCAUCUGUCCAUCCGCGAAAUGCGACAUUUAUGAAUGCAGCGAGUGGAAGGCCGCCAACCCCGAGCAGGCGACCCUCCUCGAGAAUGCCGUCAACAAGAAAUGGGGCACGUACGUCUGCACUCCCAUACUCACUCCCCACCAUGCACCCCCAACAAGUGUGUGUGUGUGUUGAUGUCUAUGCAGUGCUGAUGAGAUAUUGGCCAAGAUCCCCGAGUUCGAUCAGACCAAGAACAUCGCCACACGGAUCGCCGGCAACGUCGUCCUCCAGCCUCUCGCCGAUGCCGUGCCGCUCUACGUCAGCGGAUCGGCCGAUCUGCACGGAUCGGUAAGCAAAUAGACAAACAUCCCGUAGACACAGGCAUACGCAAGCGCGUUCCACACCUCUGUGUGUGUUUUGGUGUCUGUGUGUGUAGACAAAGAAUCUGAUCAACAACGGCGGCGACUUCGGCAAGACGGCCCCCAAGACCUACGCCGGCCGCAACCUCUACUUCGGCAUCCGCGAGCACGCCAUGGGCAGCAUGAUGAACGGAUUCGCAUACUACGGCAUCUUCAGGAUAUCUGGUCAGCCCAUCAGAUCUAUUGAGUUUGAUGCGCGUGCAAUCAUGCCGCACAGCACAGCACAUGUGUGUCUGUUUGCUUUGCGCUGUUGUAGGUGCGACGUUCCUGGUGUUUGCCGACUAUAUGAGGGCGCCUGUGCGGGUGGCAGCCCUUGCUGAGCUGCCCGUGGGAUACAUCUGGACGCACGACUCGAUCGGUGUGGGCGAGGACGGACCCACACACCAGGUGCGCAUGCGCACACGCAAGACACACACCGCGACCCUUGAUGAUAUUCGUGUGUGUGUGUGUGAAUGGUAUACAGCCGGUUGAGGUUGUGAGCGGUCUGCGAGUGAUCCCCAACCUCGAUGUGAUCCGACCGGCUGACCCCGAAGAGACCGCCGGUACGCUGGCCGUGGGGCCACACACACAGACGUGGCUGGAUGGAUGGAUGGAUGUGUGGGGGCAUUUAGGUGCGUUUGCUGCGUCGAUCGACCGUCUUGAGGGCCCCACUGCGCUCAUCCUCACCAGACAAAACGUAUCUAUCGACGUGGCCACGCCACGCCCACUCUGCAUGCACACACACAUCCACAUGUGAAUGUGUUGAUAUAUAUGGUCUGUCUGCUGGCUAGGUGCGCACUCUCUCUGAGAUCCCUGUCAACACAAGGAGGCAGGUACAUAACAGAAGGACACACGUGUGGGCGACCGACCGACCAUUUUACACACACACACCACGUCUGUCUGUUUGCCUGUGUGUCCAUCGAUCCGAUCAGGGUGUGCUGAAGGGUGCCUACGUGGCCAAGCAGGAGACCGGCGACCUCGAGGGCAUCAUCAUCGCAACAGGUACGUACACCCCAAACCACACGCCAGAGCCCUAGACACGUCAACCAUCUCGCCAUGUAUCACGCAGGGUCCGAGGUGCAGCACGCCACGGCGGCUGCAGACACACUCGGUGGCGGCUGGCGCGUGGUCUCGAUGCCCUGCAUGGAGCGAUUCGACAGACAGUCGGAGGACUACAAGGUACUGACGUACCUACUUAGAAUACGCACACGCUUGUGGAUGGUCGGUCGUAUGUGUAUGCCAUCUGUGUGUGUGCGCUCAGGAGUCUGUGUUGCCGUCGUCAUGCACCAACCGCAUCGCCAUCGAGGCGGGCGUCAGCGGACUCUGGUGCGUAGCACUCACUGCAGACACAGCAAAAAAUACACACACGCAUACACACUUUCUUUGUGCGGCUGUGCGUACGCUCGUGCGUGUGCAGGUACAAGUACGUGGGUCCGUCUGGCAAGAUCAUCGGCGUCGAUCGCUUCGGCUUCUCAGCACCGGGAGACAUCGUCAUGAAGGUCCACACACACACACACACACACUCUCACACACGUGUGUGUGUGUGUGUGUGCAGGAGUUGGGCAUGACGCCCGAGAACAUCGUUGAGACCGCCAGCAAGAAGGUGCUCGUUGCGGCGUAAACAGACAGGCCGACAGACAGACCAGACCAGACAUGCGAUGCGUGGAUCCCCCGGCAUGCAUAUAAUGCCCCAGACAGGACAGGUGUGAGAGAGAUGAGAGACUUUACGCAAUCUGGAACAGAUAGGCGGCUGCAGCAAACAAACGUGUCUGUGUGUGGAGAUGUGGGGGUCGGUCAAGUUUUUCCGUAGGCGUACUUCUUACCUUACACGUGGUGUGUGUGUGCGUGUUCUGUGUUGUGCUGGUUUUGCUUGUUUGCUUGCGCGUGAGAGAGAUAGAGAGACAGCGGACUGACUCAGAGAGGGGGGGAGAGAGAGGUGUAUAUGGCGCAGUACGUGGGCAUAUUUGUGUGCGCAUGCCUGGUGGAUGUCAGUGACUGUGUUGUGAACGUAUGGCGACUGAUCUCGACUGGCCUGCCCUUGGUUGGUGCUCGGAGAGACAGACUGCUUUGAAUCAAAUACCCACACAGUGCCCAGACCACUGCAAGGGGGGAGGGCAAAGUAGCUGCAUUUACGGGGGUCUCUAAAACUGAAGUUUGCAG